AGGCGCAGACUCUCCCUUUUUUAUGUACCUCAUCACAUACUCUAUACCUCAAGCAGGAGACAUCAAGGGCAUGUUAUGGGAGGGAGGACGGGGGGCGGUGCUGGCUGACACACGGUACAACACACGGACCGUUCGACAGCACGAAGCCAAAGAUGCCAGGUGGACCUUGGGGGGACUAAAACACACAGGGCCCGCACACACCGAGGGAGACGCACCAAGAUACACCACACCGAAGUUUUACCUGCAGUUCCUCGUUAUAAGAAGGGGGGGGGGGGACUGGAGGGAAAUGCGGGCUGAUGUACUGACAACCCACGAACGCAAUCACCACAUAUCAUACCUCCUUGUGGGAGAG